AUGUCCACCGCCAGCGUGACCUUUUGCACUUCUGAUGAUCUUGACCUGCCUCUGAGGGUGAAGGUUGUUUCAUUAGAGGGCAAAAAAACGCUAAUAAAACAAUCUCAAAAGUUCACACAAGCUUCUUUAUCCCAGAGACUUUCAAAUGUGUCGCCUAACAGUGACAUGUUUGUAUCACUACAAGUUUUUGAUUCAGAAAGUUUCAGAUAUUUGACCAUACCGAUUUAUACCCCUUACGCCCGGUUUAGAUACUCGAGGAAAUGGAACGUGUGGCUCACUUUACCCAUCUCAAUCAAACAACUGACGCCGAGCAGCGUACUGAAAAUAACUUUGUGGGAGUUUGACGGCAGGAAGCAGGUGGAGUUUUUCUCGCUCGAAACUCCACUUUUUGACGUUUCAAGCUGCAGUCUCAAGCGCGGCAGAGAGUCAUUAAUUUUCCAAUGCGAUGAUCCUGAGAGUGGUGAGGUGAAAAAUGACGAGUUCCAAAUUCUCAUGAACAAAUACAAUCAGGGAGAGAUCAAGGCUGUUAAUUGGCUGGAUCCUCUUUCUUUUCGGGUGAUGGAACGAAUGAAGAAAGAAAGAAAGCUCCCCAACGGACUCUUUGUACUCCAUAUCGAAUUCCCGCUCUUUGAAUUUCCAAUUGUAUACUCUGAAAUCGAGAAACUAGAAUCCAAUAUUCCCAAUUACCACAAUUUCGAAAUCAAUAACGAGAUGAGUGGAGUUCGACGAAAUCUCCAGCCAAGAAUUCAUCUUGGUCUCGAAGAGGGCUCUACACUCAAGUUUUAUGACCCCGACCAGUUCAAUGUUGACCCAAUUGAGGAAAAAUUCAGGCGUUUAGAGAGAGCUUCUAAGAAUCCAAGUUACGAUAAAGAACUCAAGCCAGAUGCCAAGAGGCGUGACAUGCUACUACGUAUUAUAAACUAUCCACCUGGUACUCAACUAUCGUCGCAUGAAAAGGGCUUAAUAUGGAAAUACCGAUAUUAUCUAAUGGGCAACAAAAAGGCUUUAACCAAACUUUUGCAAAGCACUAACCUCAAUGAGGAGAACGAGCGCAAAGAAGUACUAGAUAUGAUGGAUUCUUGGGCGGAAAUAGAUAUUGAACAUGCCAUAGAGCUUCUCGGAUCAGCUUUCAAAAACCUGUCAGUCCGAUCCUAUGCUGUGAGCAGGUUGAAGAAGGCGUCAGAUUAUGAGUUAGAGCUCUACCUUCUUCAGCUGGUACAGUCUGUCUGCUUUGAAAGUAGUUCCACAUUAUCGGAUCGCUCAGGAAGUGAGUUUACAAUUGUUGACUUGAAUCAAAGCUCUACAGUUGGAAUGGCAAUGCCACAAUCACUCAUUUCGGGCCAAAAUUCAAUCGCGCCUCCGGAGCCAUUAACGACGAGUCAGAGCUCAAUUCUUAUAUCGCCCCUAGCGGAGUUUCUCAUAAGACGCGCACUUGUUAAUGCACGCCUCGGCAACUACCUUUUUUGGUACCUCAAAUCAGAAUCAGAAGAAAACCCAUAUCUGAUUCAUAUUUUAGAAAGCUUCGAAAGCCGUUUAUCCAAUGGCAGGCGAGCGCGACUUGAAGAGCAAAAGAGAUUUGUUGCUCUUCUUGUGUACUUGUGCCAGGAAAUUAAGGGACUAAAGGAUCCCAUUCCUAGAAAGCUGGAGCGUUUGAAGCACCUCAUUCAAACGGAACUCAGGCCUUUUUUGAAAGCAAACUCUGUGAUUCUUCCUCUCGACCCAGAUGUUACAGUAAUAGACGUCGUGAUAGGGGAAUGCAAGAUUUUCAAAAGUUCGUUGUCACCACUGAAAAUCACAUUCAAAACUACUUCUGGAAUUGAUUAUCCUUUGAUGUUCAAAGUUGGUGAUGAUUUGAGACAAGAUCAGUUAGUUGUCCAAAUUAUCACAUUGAUGAAUGAACUUCUCAAAAAUGAAAAUGUUGAUCUAAAAUUGACGCCUUACAAAAUCAUAGCGACUGGAUCAAAUGAAGGUGCAAUAGAGUUUAUUCCAAAUGAUACCAUGGCCAACAUAUUGAGCAAAUAUCAUGGGAUAUUGCCAUACUUAAGGCAUCAUCACCCUUCCGCAACGGAGGAGCUCGGCGUAAAGGACUGGGUCAUGGAUAAUUUCGUCAAGUCUUGCGCUGGCUAUUGUGUGAUAACAUACAUUCUCGGGGUAGGUGAUAGACAUCUAGACAAUCUGCUCAUAACGCCUGACGGUCAUUUUUUCCACGCGGAUUUUGGCUACAUAUUAGGGCAGGAUCCCAAGCCAUUUCCGCCGUUAAUGAAAUUACCACCCCAAAUCAUUGAGUCCUUUGGAGGUGCAGAGUCUGACAAUUAUAAUAAAUUUAGGAGCUAUUGCUUUGUGGCUUAUUCGAUCCUGAGAAGAAAUGCUGGCCUUAUUUUAAAUCUGUUCGAAUUAAUGAAAACGUCAAACAUUCCAAAUAUCCGCAUGGAUCCCGAGGGAGCCUUGCUUAAAGUGAAAGAGAAAUUUUGCUUGGACAUUUCGGAAGAAGAAGCAAUAGUACAUUUCCAAAAUUUGAUCAAUGCCAGCGUAAGUGCUCUUCUACCUCUUGUUAUUGAUCGUUUGCAUAAUUUGGCUCAAUAUUGGCGUGCUUAG